ACAAUUAUGGUUAAUAUGACAUCCGUAGUGUAUUUACUCCCGUAUUUGCCAUUAAUCGUGCCUGCAUCCUAUGUUAUCGAUAAAAAGGGUAUACGAUUUACACUACUCUUAGCAGCAAGUGGUAAUUUCAUUGGAUCGUUGUUAAAAGUAUUUUCGGCACAUCCAAAUCUAUUUUUUCUUGGAUUAUUUGGCCAAACAAUAUCAUCUGUUGCACAAGUAUUUUUGCUAAGUAUGCCACCAAAAUUAGCUGGAAUAUGGUUUGAUGCAAAUCAAAUAAGCCUGGCGUGCACAAUUGGUAUACUUGCAUCUGAAUUAGGCAUAGGAGCAAGUUUUUUAUUUACACCGAUUGUUGUUCGCGAUCAUGCAAAUAUGAACGAAAUUGGAAAUGAUUUAUUUAUGCUAUUUUUGAUUGUUGGAAUAGCUACUUUUACUAUUCUAGUAUUAACUAUUUUAUUUUUCCAAGAAGAACCUCUUACACCUCCAAGUGAAGCACAAAAAUUAAAAUCUCAAGAAAGCUCGAAUACAAUCAAAUCUUUUAAAGCUUUAUUAAUCAAUCCACCAUUUGUGAUGUUAAUGUUUGCUUUUGCUAUAAAUAUCGGAAUUUUGAACAGUGUUAAUUCAUUGUUAAAUCCAAUACUACUACUACAUUUCCAAACUAAUGGUGAACGAUUGGCUGGUAAUGUUGGAGUAAUUUGUGUUGUGUUUGGAGUUUUGGGUUGUUUUAUUUUUGGAAUACUUUUAGACAAGACUAAAAAAUUCAAAGAACUUUCAGUAAUUGUUUAUGUCAUGUCAGUAAUCGGAAUGUUAGCAUUUACAUUUGCGGUAGCAUCAGAAAAUAAAAUAUUUAUAUAUUUAUCUGCCAUGGUGUAUGGAUUUUCAAGCAGCUAUUUGGUUGUGGGAUGUGAAACAGGCGUUGAAUUAACAUACCCCGAAAGUGAAUUUAAUUCAUCAGGAUUAUUAUUUGGUAUAUCAUUUACAACAGGUGGAAUUUUUACAUUAUUAUUUACUUUCAUUCUGGAAACCACUAGUGAUUUCUGGUCCAAUAUGGUCAUGGUUAUAUUACUGACUAUUGGAACUGUGUUGACAAUAUGUACACGUAACGUUUGUAAACGCCAAGACGCUUUACGACCAUACAAUUUAAAUGAAAAUGUGAAUCAGAAAAUUGAAAAAUUUUAAGGCUUUUUUCGAUAUUCUUCAGUGAAUGAAUGUUUUUACAGUGAAUUUCUUGGCUUAUAUUUUAGCCCAGAUAAUAUUUCUGGCUUCAUCUCUUAGACCAUUUUUUAUUUAUGAAUAUUUAAUUAUUAAAACAUAAGUUUUCAAGAUCUGCACUUGUCAAACAUUUCCUUGGAAGUAUUUGAAGUAAUACUUUACAUCUUAUUGUAUAAAAAUGAGUAAAUAUGGAAGGGAUAUCAAGCGAUUUAAACUUGCGAAGUUCUGAAAACGGAUUUCUUUUCGUAUUUUGGAUAGUACUAGCAAUUUUCUGGACCCUUCUUUUUCUAGAGGUUUUUCUAAGCCUCGCGUGGAACAAGAGUCAGGAAGGUGACAAAUGGUUGAUCACAUUGACAAAAAGUUAAUAAUGCGAACAAAAGAAAGGCAACUUUUUAUAAAUAGACAAUGAUUUUAAAA